GGCCAAGGGCUGAGGGGUUGGCGUGGCGCUGGCGAGCUGCGCCAAGGCAGCAAAUUUCAAUUUCGAAUGAGAGCGAGGAGGGAGCGGCGACGACGAGGAAGAGGAGAAGAAGGCCGAGCGGUGAGGCGAUAGGAAGGAGGGGAAGACGGAAAAGUAGGCGACGACGACGAGGAAGAGGCCGCCAAGAGAGCGCAUCCUGCAGCCAUGCCUACUGAAGUUGGUUCAGAAGCUGAAGUGAAAGAAUCUGAGAAGCUAGAAACAAAUGUUGAAAGGGAAAAUGUUGGGGAUGCACCAGAAUGUCAAAAUGAAAAGGCAUCUGAAACUGAAGAAGGUUCUCCAACCCCUCAAAUUCCAGCUAGCCAAAGUAACCCAAGGAGCUCAGGAGGAAAGGGUAUUUCCCGCUUCAUCCCCCCAUGGCUUAAGAAACAAAAAUCAUACACUAUAGAAGAACCAAAAGAUGAAACUAAGAAUAAACAGCCACUGACAUCAGAAGAACAGACAGCAGAGGAGGGUGAAUCUCAUCCUCCAGAAGAGGGAGCUCAGCCUAAGGGAAAAUUGGAGGAUACUACUGAGAAUCUACAAGAAGCUAAAGUGGAUGAAGGAGACAAAAAACUCUAUCCAGCUAAAGAAGACAGUAAAGAAAUAGUUUCUGAAAUAAAAGAAGAUAAACAAGAAGCAGAGGAGGAGAAAAGGGAGACCAAAGAGGUACAGACUAGUGAAAUCAAAAUUGAGAGAAUGCUUCCAAAACUUCCUAAGAGGACCAGAACUGUCCAGUGUAAAGUGAUGCUCUUGGAUGGUACAGAAUACAACUGUGACCUUGAGAAAAAAGCUAAAGGCCAGGUGUUAUUUGACAAAGUGUGUGGGCAUCUUAACCUACUAGAGAAGGACUAUUUUGGCUUGUUGUUUCAAGACAACUCAGAUCAGAAGAAUUGGCUUGAUGUUUCAAAGGAAAUCAAAAGACAGAUUCACAAUUUGCCCUGGAUGUUUACCUUUAAUGUGAAGUUUUAUCCUCCAGAUCCUUCACAGUUAACAGAAGAUCUCACCAGGUACUUCCUAUGUUUGCAGCUUCGUCAGGAUAUAACUUCUGGCCGGCUACCAUGUUCUUUUGUGACUCAUGCUCUCCUUGGUUCAUACACUCUGCAAGCUGAACUGGGUGACUAUGAUACAGAGGAGCACAACAGUGAUUACAUAGGAGAUUUCCAAUUUGCACCAAAUCAGACGAAAGAGAUGGAAGAGAAAGUAGUAGAGUUACACAAAACACAUAGAGGUCUGACUCCAGCACAGGCAGAUUCCCAGUUCUUAGAAAAUGCCAAGAGGCUUUCCAUGUAUGGAGUGGAUUUACACCAUGCUAAGGAUUCUGAAGGUGUGGAUAUCAUGCUUGGAGUGUGUGCCAAUGGGCUACUCAUUUACAAAGACAGACUCCGAAUCAACCGUUUUGCUUGGCCCAAAAUUUUGAAAAUCUCUUAUAAACGCAGUAAUUUCUAUAUUAAAGUCAGACCAACUGAGUUGGAACAGUUUGAGAGUACUAUUGGAUUUAAACUGCCAAACCAUCGGGCUGCAAAGAGACUAUGGAAGGUCUGUGUGGAGCAUCAUACAUUUUAUAGACUUGUAUCACCAGAACAGCCUACAAAGGCCAAAUUCCUGACAUUGGGGUCCAAGUUCCGCUACAGUGGCCGUACUCAAGCACAGACACGGCAGGCAAGCAAUCUCAUAGAUAGACCUGCUCCAUACUUUGAAAGGACCUCCAGCAAACGUGUUUCCAGGAGUCUUGAUGGUGCUCCAAUAGGUAUCACAGACCAGAGCCUUCUAAAGGAUGUCUCUCCCUCAGUAAUAGUAUCUGCUGGUGAUAAGAUCACUGAAGCAGCUGGACAGGCCAAAGUAAAAGUUGGAGAAGGUACAGAUGUGGAUGGAGGUAUAACGAAAAUGGCACAAUUAGAAGAUGGAAAGACUGUUUACACACAUCAGCUUUCACCCCUCAUUUAUCAUAUUUUAUCCCAUUCCCCAAACUUACCUGCUAUCCCUGAAAAAGAUGUUAUUUCAGACAUUUCAGAGCAUGAUAACCUCGGUAAACCUGUGUACACACCCUCAGACAGCACAAACUGCAGUCCUGUGAAAGAGGCAUUAACCUGUGAUAGAAAUGAAGAGAAAUUUCCAGCUAAGAGUUCAGAACCUGUGAAUCUUCUGAUGACUGAUCAUUAUCUUCCUCUUGUAAUAGAAAGAGGAGCUGAUAAAAAUGCUGAUUAUGAUGAUACCUUGCCAAGCUUUCCAUUUAACCUGAGCAAAUGUCUUCCUUUCAGUUUCCCUUCAGUGCUUGAUGAGGAUGGUUACAUUAGCUUUCCUAGCCUUCCAGAGGUUUGCAUCUCCUUCCUCCCUCCUGGCCUUCAGCACUAUGUCCCUAUUACUUCCCCCUCCUUCCUUCCUUCUUUUCUCCUCACCUUUGUGCUGCUUCUGUCUGCUUUCCAGUCUGUUCCUUUUGCUCUCACAUUCUCCCUUCCUGUCGCUCUGUCCCUCUGCUACCUGGAGCCUAAGGCAACUUCUCUGAACACCUCUAAUGACACUGCCCUAAAAGACAAAGCUGAGGAAGAGGAGGUGGAGACAGAAGAGGAGGAAAAUCGUAAGAAGAGUUAUUCCUUGACAGUAGAUGGGGAAAAUAUUUAUGUCAGACAUAGCAAUUUAAUGUUGGAGGACCUGGAUAAGACCCAGGAUGAAUUACUGAAGCAUCAGGCUAGCAUUAGUGAACUCAAGCGCAAUUUUAUGGAAUCCACACCUGAGCCACGCCCUAAUGAAUGGGAAAAGCGGCGUAUCACACCUCUGUCUCUACAGACACAAGGGAGCCUAGAAGAGGAGAUAGCAUCAAUUUUAUUUAGUACAGAGGGUUUUUCCAGUAGUAUGAAAUCAGCCUUCACUUCAGCUACCUUGUGGACAACAGAUGGCACUGUUGUGAAAGAUAAUAUACCUUCUGAAAAGCUCUCUGCUUCUCUCUCCUAUCAGCUGCCUGAGAGACUUACUCCCCAAACAGAAGAGCUCUCCAUGGGAACCAGCAAGACUACUAAGAGUUCGCAUGAGACUCUGAGCGUAGUGGAGAAGAAGCAGGCAGAGGUUGGGAUAGAAGAGACAAUAGUCACAGAUGAUACCAACAGGGACAAAAUGCAAGUUGUCUCUGCUGGAGGGGAAAUUCAGAAGAUGGAACAUCAACUGAAAAAGAACUCUUCCUCAUUGUCAUCAGAUAGCAGCAGUAGUGAGAGUGAAGAUGAAGCAGGAGAAUAUCGGCCAUACCAACAAAUAACGCAGGACUCUAUAAAGGAAGAACUAGAGGAAAACGAAGUUAUUAAAGAGGAGGAGCAACAGAAGGCAGAUACAAUAUUGUGCGUAAACAUUUCAGAAGAAAUCAGUCCUGCUCAAGUAACAGUUGGGCACACAGAAGUAACAGAAGGUUUUGCUCAGGCAGAUGAAGUAGCCACAGAGACAAACUUCCCAAAAUUGGAUAAGCAAGGUCUGAAAGAAGAGAGGGUGGAAGAACAGCUCAAAGUAAACGGAGAGGCAUCGCAUAUUGACAUUGAUGUUUCAUCACAAAUAAUUUGUUGCUCUGAGCCGCCUGUGGUUAAAACAGAGAUGGUGACCAUUUCAGAUGCUUCACAGAGAACUGAAAUAUCUACCAAGGAAGUACCAAUUGUUCAGACAGAGACUAAAACAAUCACAUAUGAAUCUCCCCAGUUUGAUGGCAGUGGUGAUUCUGGUGUACUGCUGAGUGCACAGACGAUCACAGCAGAAUCUCUUUCUACAACCACCACCACUCACAUCACAAAGACAAUAAAAGGUGGUGUGUCAGAAACAAGAAUUGAAAAGCGGAUUGUUAUCACUGGGGAUGCAGACCUUGACCAUGAUCAGGCAUUGGCACAAGCUAUUAAAGAAGCCAAAGAGCAACACCCUGACAUGUCUGUAACAAGAGUGGUGGUACAUAAGGAAACAGAGCUUGAAGAGGAAGGAGACUAAGAGAAUGAUUUGUGAUUUAUGAAGAACUUCGAUCAUUCCAAGUCAGUGUCCCGACCACUAUUUCACUGAAUUCACCAAACCUGACAACAGUGACCAGACACCUCCAAAAGGAAUUGCCAACACCAAUCCUUAUCCUCUCUCAUCCUUUGCCAUGUACAUCUUUAUUUUUAUAACCACUUCUUUAACACUCUUGGCUUUUUUAUGAGGUUUAGAAAUUAAUUAUUUUUGCACAGUUCCCUUUCAUUUUUAUAUAACUGUUUUUCUGAUUGCAUGAAAAUGAACAGAUAUAUUUACUGAGCACUGUUCAUUUGACCAAGUUUAAUAUUUGGGAAGGAAGAGAAUCUUUGACUAAUUUAGAUGUAGCCUUUUCAAAACAUUUCAGAUAAAGCUUCUUACUGGAAUAACAGGUUUUCUUCAGAUUAUUCAGGUAAUAAAAUAUCAAAUAAUAUAAGAAAAACAUUUUUAUUUAAAAAACACAAAGCUUUCCUAUAACUUGGUGGCAAAAGAAAUGAAGAUUUGUAUGGGUUUUAUACAGACUCCUUGUAACUUUCUCUGUUCUGAGGGUCUCCCACUUUCUGAGGAGAACUGGUGCUGGUAAAAUAAAGAAAAGUGAGAGUUAUAAAGACAUUUCUACUGACUGAGCACUGUUCUAGUAACCUUUUUGCACUUCACUGCCAUUGUUCAAUUCCUUCGUAGACACUUCGUGGUCUGCAGCAUUCCAGACAAGGUUGGAAGGACUUCUUCUUUCCAACCAAAGAUAAUUUAGGCAGCUUAAAACCUUAGUGCUUUCUUUGUAACAUGUUAAAUGUCAAACACUUUGAAUAUACAAUGUGCAGAAUGCUUUCAUUGCGUAAAAAUUCAUUGUCUCCCUGUUACAACUGACACAUUUGUUGAGCAGUUAAAUCUGUUUUAUGUAGUUUUGCCUAAUACCUUCUACAAAGUGUAAGGACAUUGAAGGGCCAGGGGCACACCCAAUGGUCUAUUGUAAGUAGUAUGGAAGCCACCUCAAUAAGGCAAGGCUUCCUUUGAGAUUGAUAUGAAAGCCUGUUAACUGUGUGUUCCCCCUUCCCCACCGCCACUGUUCACCUUAUGUAUAGUUAAGAUGCCAUAUUAAAUUUAUAGCAGCUUGAAGUUGUAUUAAGUAAUAUUUUGCUUUCUAUAAUACUGUUAUAAAAUAAAGUUUGUUUAUUCUCUAAAUGUU